UGACCGCUGCAAGGCCGCGGACUCGACCACAAUCUACGUCCGUGGGAAAUUGAUUCCCCUUUUCAAUAUGGCUUCCGGACGAAGACCUGAGCACAAAGCACCACCAGAAGUGUUUUAUAAUGAAGACGAAGCAAGAAAAUAUUCCGCAAAUACACGUAUGAUAGAGAUUCAGAACCAGCUUACAGAAAGAGCCAUUGAGCUGCUCCAGUUACCAGACGACCUGCCAUGUUACAUACUGGACGUGGGGUGUGGAUCAGGUCUAAGUGGCGAAGUCUUAAGCAGUGAAGGGCAUUUUUGGGUUGGUCUUGAUAUCAGCAAGGCUAUGCUUGAUGUGGCCAUUGAAAGAGAAGUAGAGGGAGACUUAUUCCUCCAUGAUAUGGGUGAGGGACUGUGCUUCAGACCUGGGACAUUUGAUGGAUGUAUCAGUAUUUCAGCUCUCCAGUGGCUUUGUAAUGCAGAUAAAAAGGGACAUAAUCCCAAGAAACGACUCUACACAUUCUUUAUGUCACUAUAUGGGUGUCUGUCCAGAGGAGGGAAGGCGGUAUUUCAAUUUUAUCCAGAAAAUCCAGACCAGGUAGAACUGAUAACUUCUCAAGCUAUGAGGGCUGGCUUCACAGGAGGAAUUGUUGUAGAUUACCCAAACAGUACUCGGGCUAAAAAAAUGUUUCUUUGUCUUUUUACUGGUGGAGGAAAUUCCCCUCUUCCGAAGGGCCUUGGGACAGCAGUAGGAAUGAAUAGCCAAAAUACUGUGCAAUACAGUGAAAAAAGGGAAAGGAGUAAAUUUGAGCGUGGGAAAUCACUCAAGAAGAAAACAAAGGACUGGAUUGAAUCUAAAAAAGAAAGAAGAAGGCGACAGGGAAGGGAUGUCAGACCCAACUCCAAAUACACUGGCCGAAAGAGGAAAGCACACUUUUAAUGUUUAUGGCCAAGUGAGGCUUCUACCCAGUUGCUACAAGUUGAAAGAGGAACAAGUUGUGCAUGGGGCUUAUGGGAAGAUUAACUUUGUCCUUCCCAGUAAGCAUUGCAAACUGCCAAAUCUACCCAACCCAGAACUCUUUGCAUACCUGCCUUGUAAAUCAUACACUUAAUUGCUUCCCCUAUUUCCAUAUUCUAGCAACUAGGGACCAGUCUGAGGCCAAAUAAGAAUGUUACAGUUUUUUUUUUUUAUAAUUUGGUAUUUCGUUUAGUGUAUAUACAUGCCUCCUUAACAAAAAUGAUAAAAACAGACUAAAUUUUGGGGAAGGAACUAACUUUUAUGGGGAAGGGGGAUUCAUCCUCUAAAAUUGAAGAUUUAUAGAAAACAUUUUAUUUAAAAAUAUUUUGUACCAUUAUCCACAUGAUUGUCUAAACAUAAAACACAACAAAUACCAGAAGGUACAGUCUUCAAUUUCAAUAAACAGGUUUGGUUAUCUCUUAA